AAUAAUGCUACAUUCUCAUAUCAAAGAGUACCAAGAUCAGUUGAAGCAGCUUCAAUUAUAAUAGCAUUCAAUGAGACUAGUACUACUGCUUCUUUUAAUAUACCAGUUGCAUUGGUAUGUACUGGUGAGUCUCCUGAGAAUGCUACAAUUACUAUACAGUGUAAUGGAACUGAUGUUGUAUUUGCUAAUACAUAUUUAGUGGAGAAUACUCUUGCACCAAUGAAUAUAACAGGAUCUGUACCAGUGCCAUUGUAUCAACAGUGCAAUAUCACUGUUGUAUUUAGUAAUGAGGCUGGUAGUAGUGAGCCAUUUAUACUACCAUUUGUUGCUACUAUUACAUCAACUACUGCUACAAUUGAAACUGAAACUCCAUCAACAAAUGAAAGCAUUGAUGAUAACAUUGUACCUCUUGUGGCUGGUGCAGUCAGUACUAGUGUUGUAUUAGUGAUAUUGUUCAUAUUAACAAUAUGUUUCGGCACAAUAAUUGCUAUUAAAAGAAAAAGCAAGACAACAAAAGAGGUUGUACAUUUUGAACAAGCUGAUUCCAAUGAAUAUGAAGAGACUCAUAAUAUAGCAAUUACCACAUCACCUGUACAACUGACUAGUAACAGAGCAAUAGAUGAUGAGAAUGAUAACGAAGCAAUAGGUGAUGAGAAUGAUAACAGAGCAAUAGGUGAUGAGAAUCCAUAUCACGUUACUAUGAGUGAGUUCCUUACUUGUGAACACACCAUUCCUUCACACAAUGUUGAGGAAUUGAUGCAACAAGAGCAAAACAUAUCCCUUCCAUCAAUGACCAAAUUAGAAACAAAUGUUGAGGAGAGUAUAAAAAGCACAUCAUCAACAACAACAUCAGUUAUUUGUGAUACGGAGCCCAGUACUGAUUCCACUGCUACUGGUAGUAACAUAUCUAUUACUUCUACUGUUAGCAACACUGCUAUUGCUACUGCUGAUGUUUAUGACACUACUGCUGCUAAUUCAACUUAUGCUAAUCUUGGUAAAAGGACAAAUACUACUCCUUUUCCUCCUGCUGCUCAAACUGUUAUAUAUGAUAAAGUUACUGGAGAUAUUAAUAAGAGAGGAGGAGGUGUCACUGUCUAUCAGUCAUCUGAAGACAUUUCUGCUAUUCCUCCUCCUCCUUCCUAUGAUGAUACUGUUGCUCAAGAAUGCAGUGCUACUGUGAGCAUCAGCUCUCAGUUUGUAGUACCAGUAAUACCUCCAGUUGCUGAUGCUGCUGUUGUUCAUGGACAAUAUGAAAAGUAUCCACCAAAAAAUGAAUAUGAUUAUGAUAUUAAUACUCCAGUAGAAGAUGAUACUUGCUCUACUGAUACUGAAAUUGUGCAACCAAAUACAACAUCAGUCCCUUUAAACAAAGCUGAUGUAUAUGAUCGUAGCGGAUCUAUAACUGAUAUAAUACCAAUGAAUGUGAAUAAAGUUUUACCUGCUCACUUUCCAACGGAAAAUUCCUUCAUUGAUAAGUCACUGAGUGUUGAAGAAAAACCAGGAGAACUUGUAACAGACAUUAUGUUAAACAAUUCAACUGAAGUGGUUGCUACAAGUUGUCAAGUAAUGACAAGUAAUAAGUACAAUACACCGAAUGUUUUUGAAGAUGAUUCAGAUUAUGAAAAUUAUGGGGUACCAGAAUUAGUGCCAAGCACUCGCAAUAAAGUAAACUUACUAACACAAAUUUUUCGAUGUUUUUUUAUCAUAGUCUGAGCAAUCCUUAUUGUCUUGUGUGUUCAUAUAAUACACCAAAAUUUUUAAUUCAUGUAAUGUACAUGUAUUUAGUCUUUUUGUUUCAUUGCUGAAUAUAAUUGAUCACACAA